AUGGCCGGUGACAAGAACUUUGAGACGCAUUUCAGCGAUGACCAUGCUGCUGAUGGCUCCGGGAUGCCCAACAGGAGUUGCACCGAUGUGCCCUGCCUAGUGGUCUUCUUGGGCUAUGUGGCCUGCAUGGUGGGAAUUAGUCUCUAUGCCUUCCAGACCGGACAGCCCCAGAAGCUGACUCACGGCUUUGAUUACAAGGGUCAGCUCUGUGGAGUGGACAAGGCAGUGGAGGAUAAGCCUAUGCUCUUCUGGUGCCCCAAAGGUAACCAGACCCUGCAUGGCCACGCAGCAGAUUUGGAUAUCAAGCAUCCAAUUUGCAUGGCUGAAUGCCCCAGCCAAGAGCUCUUGUCUGUUCAUUGCUUCGACAACCCGAAAGCACAUGUCAAAGAUCUUGGCGGAUCAUUCCCGGAUGAGCAGAUCACCAUCCAAACGAGGACAGUGAGAAAGCACACAUACCCAUCACAGGCCUUUGCCGGCAUGUUCUGCGUGCCACGCUUUCACGAGAAGCAGGGGCACAUCCUCGGGGACGAGCCCCUUGUACAGGAGCUUCUUGAUAGCCAUGGACCAAUCGGAAACGGCUACUUCCGCACAGCCGCGGCUUUGGGGAGCUUGCGUCGCUCCUGGCAGUCGGUGGUGAUUGCAGUGCUCCUUUCCGUAGUCUUCAGCUACCUAUACCUCUUCUUACUCAGGUGUGCGCCCUAUGGGGCCAGCAUAGCUAGCAUUGUGAUUGUGAUGGUCGCUAGUCUGGCCCUCGGCAUCUAUUUCUUGCUCGCCAGCAAGCUGUGGGGGAGCUGGCUUACACAUUACCAGAACACCAACAGCCUUUACAAGAUUUUUGACACGGACUACGCCCAGUGGAUCUCCAAGGUGCUAGGAAUGCUUCUCCUCUUCACCUUCGGCUUCAUGGCUUGUGGCCUCGCGGCGAUCCGCCAGAGCAUCAAACAAGCGACAGGAUGUGUUCGGGUUGCCGUGGAGUGUGUCUUCAGCAUGCCAACGAUGAUGCUGACGCCGUGCUUCGAGGCCAUCAGGGCAGGUCAAGAUUUCAUUGCAAUCUUCAAGCUCGUCCUUUGGUUUGCCCUCCUCAGCAGCUUGAUGUGGCUUUUGGCCACCGCUGAGGUGGUGCCGACCUCUCUUGACGAGGUGGGUAACUUCGUGUAUGGCACAUCUCGGCGUGUGGUUUUCACGGUGGACCAGCAAGCCAUGCUGGCGUUCUACCUUGUAGGAAUCGUCUGGUUUAUAGAGUUGAGCAAGAACUUUGCCACGUUCGUGGUGACCUAUGCUGUCUUUCUUUGGUACUACUCUCCCAAGCCGAAGGGCUGCGGCCCUUCUUUCCCGCUGCUGCGGGGCGUGGGGGCGGGUCUCUUCUACCAUCUUGGUACCAUUGCCCUGGGCUUCUCGGCUUCGAUUGAAAGCGAAAAGCGUGUAUAG